UCACAUGCUUGUAAGAACUUUCGUGGCUAGUUUUAAGUGAAUUAUAAAAUUAUUACAGUUAUAAAUAAUAAUAUAAAAUGGGCUUAACGAAGCAAUAUUUGAGAUACGUACCAGCUGGAAAUUUUAAUAUAAUUGCAAGUCAAAAUUGUAACGUUGAAUUUGUUACUUUGGAAGGACAAGAAGGAAGAUUUGUGGCAGUUGGAGCAUGCGAACAUAUUAUUAUUUGGGACUUACGACUAGGAGAAAAAGCUCAAGUACUCCCUGGAGAAAAAGCUAUCAUUACAGCUAUUUGUGCAAGUCCGAAUAAGAGACACUUAGCUGUAGGUUACGACGAUGGAAACGUACAAGUUUAUGACUUGAAGUCUGCAGAAGUAAUUAGCAUCUUUUCUGGGCAUCGCUCUGAAGUUACCACUUUGGCUUUUGAUAGUUUUGGACAUAAGUUAGCCUCUGGUUCAAAGGAUACUGAUGUUAUAGUGUGGGACACUGUUGCGGAAACCGGUCUUUGCAGACUUUCAGGUCAUAAAGGACCCAUUACACAAAUUUCUUUUAUGUCUCAGUAUCCCAUUUUAAUAAGUGGUUCUAAGGAUAGCUUUGUUAAAUUCUGGGAUUUGGAUACACACCAUUGCUUCAAAACAUUAGUUGGUCAUCGAACUGAGGUGUGGGGCUUAAGUUUGAUUAAAGAUGACCAGUACUUAGUGACAGGUUGUGGUGAUGCUGAAUUAAGAGUCUGGAAACUGUCACAGAAAGACCAUGAUUCAGAAAAUAAAAAUUUGGUUGACCACCUAACAACAACUUUGGAGUUGGUUGAUUUGCAUGAUUCUGAUGAUCCAAAUCAUCCUUUACAAUGUCACAAAAUAGGAUCUUUAUUGAGAGCUGGUAAAGGACGCGUAGUGUCUAUGUUUAGUGAUGCUAGUGGUCAAGUUAUUGGCUGUCAUGGUACAGAUAUGCAGCUGGAAGUAUUUUACUUCUGUACAGACGAUGAAGCUCAAGUGCGUUUAAAAAAGAGAUUAAAAAAGGAAAGAAAGAAAAACAAAGCUUCAUCAGAUGAAAAUGAGGAAUUAGAAAAUAAUGAUUUGCAACUCACAUUAAGGGAUGAAGUAAAACGAUUGGUUCCUAUAAAAUUAUCAAAUAAACCAAAGUCUUUGGAUUUAGUUCUUGGCAAUGGUGGUGAAUUAAGAGUAGCUGUUAAUUUAUCUAAUAACACUGUAGAAUUAUAUACAAUUCAGACUAAUGUCAAAAAUUCAGAAGCCACUUGUUUGAGAUCAAUUAUUCAUCAAGGACAUCACAGUGAAGUUAGAGCAGUUAGUUUUAGCAAUGAUAAUUUAGCUAUUGUUUCUGGAAGUGCAGAAGCCAUUAAAAUGUGGAAUAGGCCGUCACAAGCAUGUUUGAGGACAGUUAGUACAGGGUAUAUUUUGUCGACUAUCUUUGUCCCUGGAGAUCGUCACGUCCUGGCGGGUCUGAAGGAUGGAACGUUGUUAAUUAUCGACAUAGCAGCCGGAGACAUAUUGGAAGAAAUUCCAGCCCAUAGCGCCGAAUUGUGGUCGAUUUGUUUGCUGCCAGAUCAGAGAGGUUGUGUGACUGGAGGUGGCGAUAAAACUGUAAAGUUUUGGCAGUUUGAGCUCGUGGUUGAUGAAAAAAGCGAAAGCAAAGCGAAAGUUCUUUCGUUGUUACACACACGAACGUUAAAACUUGAAGAUACCGUUCUUUGUGUGAAAAUAUCACCCAAUGGGAAAUUCAUUGCAGUUGGAUUAUUGGACUCCACUGUUAAAAUAUUCUUCGUGGAUACGUUCAAGUUUUAUUUGUCCCUAUAUGGUCACAAAUUACCCGUGCUGUGUAUGGAUAUCUCGUCGGAUUCUACUCUCAUAGCUACAGGAUCUGCAGACCGCAAUGUUAAAAUAUGGGGAAUGGAUUUCGGAGACUGUCACAGAAGCCUCUUCGCCCACGACGAUUCUGUCACCGGCUUACAGUUUGUCCCCCGAACACAUUACUUUUUCACAUGCGGUAAAGACGGAAAAGUUAAACAAUGGGAUGGCGAUACAUAUGAUAAAAUAAUCACGCUUCAAGGGCACGCUGGUGAAGCAUGGUCACUCUCCGUCAGCCCCAGUGGCCAGUUUGUUGUAUCGUGCGGUGCUGACCGCGUUCUAAGACUCUACGAAAAAUCAGAACAACCACUGGUAUUGCAAGAUGAACAAGAAGAAGAAAGAGAGCAACAGGAAACGCUCGCUACUGGAGAGCAGACUGUUAUUCCAGGUCAAACUAGUUUGAAUUUACCUUCAAAGAAAACAGUUGGGAGUGAAAAAGCAGCUGAAAGCAUACUGGAGUCUCUCGAAAUUUGCGAAAAAUAUAAAGAACAGUUGGCGGAACAUGAAGCCCUUCAAGCUGCGUCGACGCAGACUUUGCCCUUGCCUCAACCACCUUUGCUGAUGCAGGCUUUAAACGUUUCUACGCCAGAUGAUUUCCUUUUAGAAACCAUUAGAAGGAUACGUCCAAGUGAUUUAGAGGAAGCGCUACUUUUAUUACCACUCAAUUCAGUAUGUGAAGUUUUGCAAAUUCUACCUGCUUUAAUUGCGAGAGGCGACCAGAUCGAGUUGAUGUGUAAAAUUUGUGUAUUUUUACUGAAGCUACAUCACGCACCAGUAGUAGCUAAUCAUACGUUACUAGUUACUCUGCAACAGUUACAGAAAUUAGCUUUUAGUAAAGUGCAAGAAUUACGAGAUAUGGUUGGAUAUAAUCUGUAUGGAAUGCAAUUUAUGCAGAGAGAGAUUGAAGCAGCUGAAGGUGUCCAGAUGUUUAGAGACGCGACUGUAGAAAAAAAGAAGGGAGACAAGAAAAGAAAACAACGAGAAAAGUUGAAGAGAUCGAUGAUCGUUUUAAAUAGUUAGUUGUGGUGGAAAAUACGCUUCUGGUUGUAAAUACUUUGUUGCGAAAGAAAUGAAAAAUUUAGUACCAUAAUAUUUUUUUAUUACUGUUUUUAAGUUCAUUACAUAUGUGAAAAUAAACAAAUCAGUAUUCUAA